UGUAAGUGGGUGGGAGCAGUUGGCAGUGUCUCUUAGAUACAUGAAGGACAACAAGGCAGAAGAGAAGUUGAUUAAGUUCAUUGCUUGCAGCUUUGGGACAGGUAGUAGCAUCUGUGCUGAGAUACGGAAUGCCUUGAGGCAGCUUGGUCUUGAUGAAACACGUUGUCGAGCCCAGGCCUAUGAUGGUGCUGGUGCUAUGUCUGGCCACCUUAACGGUUGCCAGAAGAAUUUUCGAGACCAUGUACCCCGGGCACAGUACUAUCACUGCUGCAGUCACCAACUGAACUUGGCGUUGACAAAGUCUUGUAAUGUGUCUGAAGUUCACUGCAUGCUUUCCGACUUGAAGGCUGUUGGGCUCUUCUUCAAGUACUCCCCAAAACGGCAACGAACAUUAGAGCAGAGUGUUGAACAAGAAAACACCAAGCGGACAUCUGCCGGUGAAAAGCCAAUCAGAGCUCAGAAGCUAAAGCUACUGUGUGAAACUCGCUGGGUAGAACGGCAUACUGCCUUAAAAGACUUCAGAGAUAUGUACUUUGCCUUAGUCCACUGCCUCCAAGUUAUUUCAGGCCAGAUCAUUGCCACUCCAACUGCUGCCUCUAAGUACGAUGCGAAGUCUGUCACUGAGGCAAAUGGCCUCCCCCGCUCGAUAACGUCAGAUUCAUUCAUCGUAGCUCUGCACUGCUGCACAUAUCUGUUCGGUUACACAAAGUGUCUGAGUGUUCUACUGCAAGGAUCGCAAUUGGAUGUGCUGGAGGCAUAUGGUGAAAUCAACCAAGUUCUAGGUCUGUUAGAAGAGAUCAGAAGUAACAGUGAGAGAGAAUUCUCUUCAAUUUUCGCCUCUGCAUCAGCAGUUACAUCCCGUGUCUUAGACCAAGACCAUCCACAAGUUCCUCGCUUAGCUGCACGACAGACACUACGCAGCAAUCAUCCUGCAUCAACUCCAGAGAGCUACUGGCGGAGAGCUGUCUUCAUUCCAUUCAUUGACAGCAUGAUCAGUGAACUUGGCAGUAGGUUCACUGGCAUGAGCCAUGCAUCAGUGCAAGGACUGCUGCUCCUGCCAAAACACUGCCAGAGCCUCACUCCUCACCACCAGGCAGCUAUCCUGAAGACUUAUGCUCCAGAUUUGCCUGAUGACCCAACUUUCGAGGCCGAGAUACGCCGAUGGAAGAGGAAGUGGGAGUAUGCAGGUGCUGCUACCUUACCAACCAGUGUUACAGAGACGCUGGGUGCUGUGAAUGAAGUGGCAUAUCCCAACAUUGUCUGCAUUCUUCCCCUGUUGUUGAUAAUACCCGUCACCACAGCCACAGUUGAAAGAGCGAACUGUGCACUAAAGCUGAUCAAAACAGACCUGCGGAGCACGAUGGCACAAGACAGGCUAAAUGCGCUAGUGCUCAUGUUUGUCCACAAGGACUUGUCUGUCAACCAUGAGCGUGUGAUAGACUCUUUUGCGAAGGCAUAUCCGAGACGCUUGCUGUUCCUGGAUCCAACUGCUACAACAGAAGAAGCACAAUCACAGUGA